AUGCCGCCUGCUCAGGCAGAGCCUAACGACGCCAAACCAAUCAUCAACCAUGCUCCAAAACCAAUUUCUGAACAAACGGCUGCCCCUACAACUGCUGUAUCCUUGCUUCCUGUGCGCAUACCCGAACCACGGAUGAUCCGGCAAACGUCCGUACCCGAAGCUUCCUGUUCCACGCAUUCGGCGCGUCCGCAAGCUCCUGAGACGGCGGCCAAACGGCCCCCCUUGAACCAAGCUGAGACCGCCGGCCUUUCUACAGUGAAUCAGGAACGACCCGUUGAGACACUUCCCGCUCAUGCAUCACAGCGUAGUCGACGACCCGAACCCGUUUCCACCUCGCCUGUAACCGACAUCGCCUCCAUAAGAGAUACAGGGAAUACGGCGCCGAAUACCAAUGCAGUCAUCGCCGACCCUCACGCAGGACAAUCCAAAAAAGUCCGGAGGAGGAAAGCGAAAAAGCAAAACGAGAAGCGACUGCGAGACGAAAUGGCUGCGAAUGUUCGCACACAACGGCUCGCCAAACCUACAUCCGGGUGCAACCCGCCUCCUUCAGAGACGGUCGCUGCUGUCCCGGAUCCGGUACCUCCUACCGCACAACUGGCGAGCGCCGUUGCUCAUACGGGCCCAGUUACUGAUGAUCGCAUCCCAUGCAAUGUCGCGCUCCCUGAAGGGCCUGAAGCCCAGCCUCAACGAGUUCUUCUUGGAUAUACACCGUCUGCCGAAAACAUUCAACUGCAGCCUGAGCUUCAAUCUUCGCCAUCCUUUCCCAAACCACCAUACCCUUAUAGUAGACUAUCCGAGUUGGCGAAAAAUGGGGAGGUCGAUAUCAUAUGCGUAGUGACGUCCGGAGGCGACAUCUAUGAACCAAAAGUCCAAGCGCAAGAUUUCAGGCUUUCCAUCAGGCUUGUAGAUCCAUCCCUAGGCACCGAAGCUGGCGGAGCGGAAUGGACAGCCAUCCUCUUCAAACCAGCAAAAGAGCAGUUGCCCCAAAUUGUUGCCGGCAAUAUCGUAGUUCUGCACUGCAUGAAGGUCGACCUCCAGGUGCGAACGUAUAGCAAGAACGGCGCGUCAGGCAUCAACCUUGUCGGUUACAAGACAUUCAGAUGGGCAGUCUAUAACCCCGUCACCAAGCAGAUGCGCCGCGGCCCUGGUGAACAUGGCGUAAUUAUCGAACCGGCUCAAUCAGGGGUUUCUGAGUACCUCCAGCAGCUUGCCAGCUGGUGGAAUUCCACUCGGCGACCAGGAGAAUCACUACCUGAUUCCGGGGUCGAGCAUCAGAUUGUUCAGAGAGCCGCGAAAUCCAGACGGCAGCAUUGUCUCAUCAGCGAAGCUUCGGGUUAUUUCACAUGUACUCUGGAGAUAGUAGCCAGGGAUAGAACCCGCGAAGACACUGCAAACCCGCAGGUGAUCUACGCGACAGAUUACACCGAGCGAGAAGGGCUGGAAGAGGAUCCUUGCAAGGAAGGUAAUUCCAAAAUGUUCCACAAAAUAAUACGCGUAGAGAUGUGGGAUGAGGCCGCAAAACUGGCGAACGAGAUGCAUCCUGGAGAGUUCUGGAGAAUGGACAACGUAAGGAUGAUGGAGAAGAGUACGUACUCAGGUUACGUCGAGGCGAAGUUUGUGGAGGGAAAGAAGGCCCGCCUUCUCGAUGAAAAGAAGGACAGCAACGACCAGCAUCUCUCCGCUCUGCUGAAACGAAAAGAGAAACUGGCACUUCACCAGCCUUAUGACAGUAAUCCCCAUCUACUACUACAGGACGUUAUCGAGGAAAAGUUUUGUAACUUGACGCUCGAAAUUCUCCAUAUAGCUCAUGAAGAGGAAACCGUCAUAUACGGUACCGAUUACACAAGAAACCCAUACAUGCUGGAUGCAUCACGAGGUCUAGUAGGACAACCGUGGUCCGAAGGUCUGGAGGGCAGGAUCCUCCGGAUAGUUCUCGAAGGCGAUCAAGCGGAUAGAGUCAAGCAACUCGGUUAUUACGAGCUAAGGAGUGUGCGGCUGCAUAUGACUCGAGUCAAAGACAACCAGCUCAUCUGUAAGCUGGGAGGAUCCGGCCGCCUUAUCGUCAAAAUCAAUGAGAAAGGGUCUAACCCUCAUUUCAAAGAACUGCUCAGGCGUAAGAGCGAAUGGACGUCGAAACAGGAAACGAUCACUACCACGUUCGCGACACCGUUCAAGCAAGAAACCAUCGUACAGACGCCCGAAGUUAAGAUGGAAACCGAUGAAGCGUCUGUCGAAGAUUUCACAGGGGUUAUACCCCCCCAGGAAAGCGGUCACAAUCCAAUGAGCGCCGUUGAUGCCAUCCAAAAUUGCGAGCCCCGCCUUCAAAAGUUCACGCUUCGCGCACACAUAAUCAAAUUUGGGCCAAGAAGGUUGCAAGAAUGGAUUGUCCGCCGCUGCAGCCGUUGCAACGAGUACUUGCAACCGUGUAUGCAACGCUGUUUCGCGUGUUACGAAUCUACGGGCCUGGAUGACCUCGCCGUAGACCACCGAUGCAAUGGUUACCUGGAGCUGGAAGACGAAACUGGAUUGACUAUGACUGUGGCUGUCACGGAAGCGACUGCCUUCAUUGGUGCACAUAGCCAAAGCCACGAUGACUUGUCAGAACGGCUGUCAACCUCCCUGUGCCGCCUUUUGGGUAACUGCAUGCGCGUUCGACAGCAAGCAGAACUUGGUCAUCCACUUGGCAACCAAACUCCGUGGUUCAAUAUGGUCAUCGCCAGCUGGCCAUGCGACUCGACUGAAGUUGCUUUUACCCUGAUAAAUUACUCUGACUCCUGA